AUUGGAUAUAAGAAGAGAAAGAAUGAUCAGUAUAAACGACAGUAGCUGUUGCAAAUGCGAUCACUUAUAUUCAAUAACAUUGGAUACGACUGUGUUGUAUUAAACUAACAGAGUAUGGCUACAUUUCCGAAGUACGUGCAGCUGCAAGUGAUGCUCUUUCUCUUCUGUGCCAUCCCCGUAAGGACCCAGUCUUUGGAUUACGACGUCAACAGUAUUCUUCGAUACGACUCCCCAAAGUGUUUAUGGAGACAAGAAUGUGGGCUGGAACUUACCUUUCCGGACAAAAAUUGCCAUUGCGAUGCCAUGUGUCAUGUGAUGGGGGAUUGUUGCAAAAACAGUAACCAUAAUUUUUCAGCUGAAAACUUUGUUUCUAUUCCACGACCUGAACUGUUUUCAUGUGAACGGAUUUCUGGGAUUAUUGAAUCCACAAACACAUAUGGAGUUUUAUCUGUCACACGAUGUCCAGAUAUAUGGGCUGACCAGGAAAUAAGAACAUUAUGCGAAGAAAACAACCAUUUUACAGAAGAUUUGAAUUGUAAAAUUCCUGUCAGUGACCGAACAGAAUUUCAGGUGAUUUACAGGAAUAUGUACUGCGCGUUUUGCAACGAGGAAUACGACUUUUUGUAUUGGAAAGCCCAAUAUGAAUGCAAAGAACCUUUAGAUGUCCGAGCUAUACCUGGUAAUCCACUCUGUCGUUUGUCAUUUUCGCAACCUGAUCAUCAUGUCAAACACCGUCUGUGCCUUAUGACUCAACCAUUAUCGAGCUGUCCAGAGGGAUCAAACAGGUCUCUGGUCGACAUGUGUGCAAGAACACCCUAUUAUAUUGUUUAUAAUGAUGCAAGCGCCACACAGACAUAUCGGAAUGAGUAUUGUGCACAAUGUAACGGCAUACAGGCCGAUAACAUUUACUGUGAAAACGUUCAACAAGAUGAACAAGCUGGAUCUGACGAUCCUGAUAAAAAAAUAUACAGCUAUCGAUUGUUGGUUGAUAUAAAUAACAAUGAAAUAUCUGUCAAUAAUUUAGUUUUUACUAAUACAACAAAAUGCGAGGAUAAUGCUUUAUUCGACGUAGUGUAUGGAAAAUGUAGAACGAUUGUCUGUCCGUUCGGAAGAGUGCCAAUGCAGGGACGAUGCAUUAUCCGCUCUGAAAAUGACAGCGAUGACUUUCAUGCGGGGAUUCAUGAGAAUACAUCGGGAAUUGACAUGAACUGUACGUUAGUUCAACUAGACAAGGAGGAAUACACACAUACAAACGAUUCACGAUUGUUUAUUAUACUAAUCGGUAGAACCAUCAAUCACACUGAAUAUUUACAGAAUGGCUCAGAAGUGUUUAUAUGCCAACACCUGCUACUGGUAUGUUCAGAUGAUUGUAACGUACCCGAAGUUAAAAUGAUUUCGGGAGAAAUCGAGGGGUACAUUUCUUUAAUAGGAGUCAUCAUUUCGACAGCAGCGUUAUUUCUGACAUUUAUUGUAUAUAUAUCAUGUCCCCAAUUACUGAACACCCCUGGAAAGAUCAUGUUAUGUCUCGUUCUUUCAUUGUUCUUUGCGCAGAUAACGUUCAUUAUAGCAUCGAAAAUGAACCCUGUGCCAUUUAUGUGUACGGCCAUUGCGGUGUUAAUCCAUUAUUUCUUCUUAGCAGCAUUCGGCUGGAUGAAUGUUAUAGCUUUCGACCUCUGGAAGACAUUUUCUAAAAGCUUUGUUACAUCCGGGUCGGUAGAUAAAGCAGGCAAGCGUUUUCGUUUGUAUAGCAUUUACGCUUGGGGUAUACCCAUGAUUUUAAUUGGAAUCGCUUUAAUUAUUGAUCAAGCUGAUUUUGAUAUUAACCCGGAUUUUAAACCAAGAUACGGCAAAGGCUUAUGCUGGUUUAAUUCUCGAGUGAGUUUGAUUGUGUUUUUCGCUGGGCCACUUGCAGUUUUCAAAUUAUUUGAUAUUGUAUCGUUUGUGUUCACAGCUGUACAUAUUGCACGUGCAAACAGGCAGGGUGCCAGAGCGAGAACUAAGAAAAAUGCAUGUUCCCUACUGAUUAAUGUGAAACUGUCCAUGGUGAUGGGUCUCACAUGGGUGUUCGCAUUUCUGGCCAAUAUCAGCAACAAUUCAGUAAUGUGGUAUCUCUUUAUCUUGUUCAAUACACUGCAAGGCUUGUUUAUUGCAAUUAGUUUCCUGUGCACCAGAAAGGUAAUUAGGCUUGUGCACGAGAAAUUUGAGGUGAUAUCAAGUGCGUUGUCAAGUAAACGAGAAUCUUCCGGAACUCAGCUAACUUCGCUCGCAAAAUCGUCAGAAUAGUAAACAUACAUUAUAUGCUCCUUUUAGAAAUAGUAUUAGUUUGAUUCUAAUUUAAUAGCGGGUUGUGAAGUAUGAUUAUCGACUAAAUUUUAACGAAUAUUUGUUCUUUUCCUUCAUACUUUUAUAUUGUAAUUUGAAGUAUAUAUCUAUGUGUUAAUAAUUAUGGACCGCCUUUACAGCAUUGCGCAAUAUGAAUUAUUGUUAUUUAGUUUACCAAAAUUGUGUUUAUAAUAGCUUUACAAAACUCAAUUAGAGAAAUAUAGGAACAAUUCAGUAAAUGUUUGCUUAGUUUACCAAUAAACAAAAACUGGCAAAUUGUGGAGACAUAUUUGAGAAGAUGUGUUCCUGUCGAUUUAUUUUGGAAAUAUAACGACUCGGGGUUGCCUUUUUAUGUGUUUCUCGAUUUUUAAAAUAUGGCCGAGUGGUUUAUGUAUGCAAAUAUUGCACAUUUUUGCAUUAAGAAAUUAGUACAUGUAUAUGUUUUGUAUAAUAUGAAUUCUUUAAAUGAGGUACGUGUAUUACUCUAUGUGCUAUUACUAUUUAUGAAAUAUAAAUCAAUUUAGUGGUUUAUUUAUUCCAUUUGCGCUGAAUACGUUAUUUUUGAAUGUGUAUUUGCAUAUAUUUAUUGCUUUUCCAAUGAGUAUUUUAUUAAAGCAUUUAGUGUUAUAUAAACAGUAUUUAUAUUAGUGCGAAUUUAAGUAUGUGUAAACUAUUUACAAUUCUAAUUGUGUCAAGCGUUAAUACUCAUAAUCUACCUGCGUUUAAAUCAUGACGUCAAGAUUUUAAAAGUAAAUUUCUUAAAGAAAAAAACGUUUCGUUUACCACAGCUGUCAUGAACACAUUAUAUUAAGAGUAUUUUUUAUGAAUUUUGACAUACGGAAUCAUAAGAGGAGUGCGCAAUAGCUGAUGAAAUAUCGAUUUAUUGUGUGUUUUGUUAUUUUGCAUGUGUUUUAUUUGUGCUGUAUUGUUUUUAUCAUAAUUUAUUUGAUAUAAACAAAUUGAACAUCAGGUUCAUUACUUAAGAUCUAACAUCUUGCAAGUUCUUGGUUUCGAUUAAUUAAAAUCUAAAAUAAAACCGGCGUAUAGAUGUUGUUCACAAGCAAAUGUCUUUUGCUCAGGGAAAUUGGAAUUUCGACAAAACAAUCAGUGAAGCGACGUCUUGGGAAAAUUAAUUACGACGAAAGACAGAUGGUAAUUGUCAAAUAUAUGACCUUUGACGACGAAUACCGUGACGAAUUGAGACGAUACUGAUAUAAGAUGAUAUUGCAUAAAACGUCAUCAAGUAGAAGAGCUUAAUAAAAAUAUAUUUGUUU